AUGAAAGCAUUCGUAUUAGCCAGUUUUCUUGGUAUAGCGUAUGCUUUCUCAAAAAACAUUGAAUUCAUUCAUAAAAGAUCUGCAUCAGAUCCAUCACAAGAUCCAUCACAAAAUCCAUUAGACUUACCAUCCGAUUUAUCAUUAGAUUCAUUAAGCGAAGAAAAAAUUUUAUCUUUGAUUCUAGGAAAAAACCCAGAAUUUCGAUGUGAGGGAAAACUAAAAGAAUACUGCAAGGAUUUGAAAAACACUAGUUUAGUUCCAGAGGAUGUACAUCCUGCAUUAAAAGGACUUUGUGAAAAUGCAGAGAAGAAAUGCAACGAUCUUAAAACUCAAAUUGAUACUCUCUCGAGUAAUGCCAAGGGUUAUCUUCAAGAUAUUAUUACGGGUAGUUCAGGUAAUAUGGUUUUAGGAAAAACCCGUUGCAACUAUGCUCAUAUCCAAUGCGUGAUUUUCCGAGAAUUUUAUGAUUUUUCUUCUAUAUGCGAUGAAAUAACUGAACAAUGUUAUCGUCAAAUAAAUGAAGAUUUAGCUUAUGAAGCUCUUUUAAGGGCUCUUCCUAGGGAUUUGAAAAGUCAAGCAGCAUGUGAAGAAAAAAUUAAAGAAUCAUGUUUCAAGUUAAAUAGAGAAAGUUAUCAUUUACUCUGGUUUUGUUUUCUCUUGAAGAAAACAUGUGGAGUUCUCCUUAAUAGAACAAAAGACAACUGUAAUGCUCUUAAAGAUCUCAAUACAUUAAAAAAUACUAGUACAUUGAAAAAUGACUGUUAUCCUUUACUCAGGAAAUGUUAUUUCCACUCGUCAAACUGCGAAAAUGGAGAAGUGCAGAACUACUUUCCACCUACAUUGCAGGAGAAAAUAGAUCUUCAACAGCUUCACACAGAAGCGUUAACUCUUGGUGUUUUUCUUGGAAAAUCCUUGUCGACAAAGUUUUCACAUUUUUUGUUAUUUUCAAACUAUUAUACUGGAGACAAUGCAAGUAAAUUAGACAAUACUCAGUCUUGCACUAAAUCCCUAGAAAAUUGCACUUCUUUUGAUUAUCUAACACAAGAACUAAAAAACAUAUGCAAAAAAACUAACAAAAAUAAAACAUGCGAAGAAUUAAACAAUGAACUAGAAAGGGAAUGCAUGUCUCUCAAAUUAGUUCUUAAUCACAAACUUUCCAAGGCAAGUGAUACUACUAAAUCUAAACCAUACUCGUGGAACGAAUUACCAGGAACAAUGUCCAAAGAAGAUUGUAUAAGCCUUAACUAUAAAUGCCAUUAUAUAGAUCCAUAUUCUAAUAAUACUCUUUACAAUGCUUGUAAAAAUCUAAAACUAGAGUGUUUUAAAUCAGCAAUUUACGGACAGGCAAGGGAUGUGUUGGAGGAAGGAUUGUUUGGAUUACUUCACGACUUAGAUUCAGAUGGAACUAAAAAAUGUAUGACCAAACUAGUAGAAAGGUGUCAAGUAGUCAGAAACAAUAGUAUAGUUAUACUCUCAAUGUGUUUAAGGCCAAAAGAAACAUGCGGAGCACUUGCAGAGGAUGUAAAACGAAAGAGCCAUCGUCUACGGCAUGUUUUAGAUAAAACAAGAGAUUAUCCCCGAGAAAAGGAUUGUCUCGUUUUGGAGAAACAGUGCGAAGACCUGACAAAGGAUUUUGAAGAGCUUAAUGGUCCUUGUGCCACGCUAAAGAGGAAUUGUGCUCAUUUGAGGAACACGAAAGAAGUAAAAGACAGUUUGUUGAGUAAAAAUACAGAUAUUUUGGCAAACGUCGAUAAUUGCACAACAUAUUUAGAUAUGAAGUGUCCUCGGUGGUUUAGGAGGGAAAUAAAUCCAUUCAAUCUUACAUGUGUAGCACACCACAAAUCAUGCGUUAUAAUGAUUGAAGAGGUACAAAAUCAUUGUUUGGCAUUUAAGGAAAAUAUAGAAAGUCACAAUAUCAUUGAGGAGUCAAAAAACAAUGGAAAAAGAGACGAUAUUUGUUUUCUUUGGGAAGGAUACUGCGAUAUGCUUACGGGGAAUUGUCCUGAUAAACUAAAACAGGGCAAUAAUGGCGAAGAUGGUCUUUGCGUGAGUCUCAAGAAGAACUGUAAGACGUUUCGCGAAAAAUUGCCUCUAUUAAAAGCCUUCAUGUACAAUAUAAAAGGUUUUUUGACCAAUAAAGGUGCUUGUAGUAAGCAGCUAGGUGAUUAUUGUUCAACUUCAACAAAGCCAAACGGAACUUUAGAAAAUCCAUGUAAAGAAUAUAAUAAAAAUGAAAACACAAGAAAUGAAAUUUGUGAUAAACUUAUUGGGUUAAUGAGAAUAUUGUGCAAUACCUUACCAGUUAAACUAGGUAAAGUAGCUAAGGACUUGGAAAAUAGAGCAAAUGAAUUUAAAAAAACCAAGCAAGAAACUGAAAAAGCUAUUAAUGAUUCUGGUUUAUUCUUGGCCAUUUCUCAAACAGCAGAUGGGAAGAAGAAUCAUCAUCUUCACAGCAAUAACACGGCUUAUGUUAGACUUGUACGUCGUGAGGAUGCCUCGGACAUAGAGCCAUCAGUGCGUCAAGGGUUAGCGUUUGAUCUGGUGUCUUUACUUGUAGAGUUAUAUUUAGAAGCCAAGGGCAUCUGUGAUCAUUUUAUUCAAGAGUGUGUCUUUGAAGAUGACUGUCCUAAGUUUAAAGAUUCAUGUGGAAAAAUACGUAAGUCUUGUGAGGCGUUUGUAUUGCCUGAUGCCAAGCCUCGUGUAACAACGUCUAUAUCAACAACGACGCUUACAGAGUCAACAACUAUAACGGAUACUCAGUCAGAAUCUACUGUAGCAACUACAGUGAUGGAGGGAAAGUGUGUUGCGCUUCAUUCAAAGACCACGUGGGUAACAAGCAAAUCAACAUCUACAAAAACAACUACAACUACAUCAGUAACAACACUAACACAAAAAUGCAAACCAGUACCAUGUACAACGGAAGAAACACAAACAAGAAAGCCUGAAACUAGAACUGAAGCAGAUCAUACAGUGAUGCCAAACGAGGGGAUAAAAAUAUCUGGAUUGGGAGCAACGAGUAUUGUUAUAUGGGUAAUAGGAGUUUUUAUUGUGAUUUAA